AUGGGCGGAGCGGGACAUCUGCUCCCCGCUUUGCUGGCUGUGCUUCUCAGCCUGGAGAAGGACGAGUUUUUAGACGUGAUCUACUGGUUCCGGCAGAUCAUUGCAGUUAUUUUGGGAAUCAUCUGGGGAGUAGUUCCACUGAAGGGAUUCGUGGGAAUAGCAGUAUUCUGCCUGAUCAACGCUGGUGUUCUGUACCUCUACUUCAGUAGCUUCCAGCAGAUCGAUGAGGAGGAGUAUGGCGGGACGUGGGAGCUAACAAAGGAAGGCUUCAUGACAUCUUUUGCACUGUUCCUGGUUGUUUGGAUAAUCUUCUACACUGCCAUCCACUAUGAUUGACACAGUCUGCAGCUUUUGCCUGUUAAUCAGUAAAUCGAGAAGGUUUUAAUAAAUCAUAGGCUUUAGUGGACUGGUGGGAAGGUGGGGGAAGUCAAAUCAACUCCCUUCGCUACCAGUGGUCUGAUUAGCCUGGAAGAGUCCUAACUCUUCUGCUGGAGAAGUCCAUCUCCGUUUUAUAUAUACCCAUUAAUUGUUGGAACUAUUAAAAAAGCCAUUGGAAUUUUUGGAAGUGGUUCAAGACUGUUCAGAUUGGGAACUUUCUGUGACUCUAUCGAAAUCCCGUGUGCUGAAGGUUGAAUCUGUUAAUGUAUGUAUGCCCUUCUGUCUGAAAUCCGUCAUUAAAUCCUGACUCGUCUUCCAUUGCUGUCCUUUAGACAAACAGUUUUUAAAAAGCAGUUGUAAGGGUACACGGCAAGAAGGCUCCACAGCAUCCGUGCGAGCCGAGCGGCUGUCCGUAGCAUGGUUUUGUAGUAAUCAGAUCUGAUUUGAUUAAACAGACUGUAUUGUUACCAUUUCUAAUAUUUUUUGG